AUGGAUUCUUACAACGGUGACGGCGACAACGGGGGCGGCUACGGCGACGGCCAUGACGGAGGCGGGUACGGCAACGGUGACAACGGAGGAGGGUUCGCCGACGGCAGCCACGUGAGCGGGUACGGCGACGGCAACGCCGUGCGCGUAUUCGGCGAUGGCAGCCACCUCGGCGGAUACGUGCCGGACAGCCGCUUAGGUGCGUACGGCGGCGGGACCACCGGCCCGCUAUACGGGGCUGAGCAUCGAUUCGGCGCCGGCAUCCCUACUCGCGACUUCCUCGGUCAGCCUCUCCAUGCGUCCCGAGAUGGCGGCCACCCGUCGUUCAGCUCGGGUGGAUUCGGCGAGGGGUCUUCGAGCAGCCAAAACCCCUCUCGUCUCGAGUUCGGGGCACUCGACCUCAACUCCGGCGACGACUGGUCGUCCGUGCACGCCUACGAAGACCUUCUUCGAGGCGGCGGUGGGGAGGGAACUCAAUGCCCUCCCGGCGUACGCGUUCCUGCCCGUACAGGAAAUCGCACGCUCAGGCUGCGCGACUGGCCAAGUGCUCAAGGGGCUUCUGGAUCUGGGGCGUGA